CUGACAGAGAACGUAAAAUCUAUGCUUCUGCGUUUCACCGCUGAUCCCAAAAGCCGUAAACCCCGGGACGUGAAUAUCAAGUUUUGCGCAAACAAGAUUAGUGCCACCUCUACAUUGCUCAAAAAUGCAACAACAGUUAAAAGAAUUUGGGUUAGGUGCUACAGCUGCCAGUGGCGCUUGCCUGUUCACAAAUCCUCUCGAAGUUGCCAAAACACGGAUGCAACUUCAAGGAGAGCUGAAGGCGCGGGGAACGUACGCGGUCCAUUACAAGAACGCUUUCCACGCGUUUUACACGAUCGGUCGAUACGACGGCCUCAGAUCGUUGCAGAGCGGACUUGUUCCUGCUCUAGUUUACCAAGCUGUGAUGAACGGCUGCCGGCUCGGUUCUUAUCAGGUCUUUACAAACUUAAAACUGACUGCCGACAGCGAAGGUGAAAUUGUGUUUUGGCGUUGCCUAGUUGCUGGUGGCAUUUCGGGAGCUACAGGAGCUUUUUUAGCGAGUCCGGCAUACAUGGUAAGUACUUAGGUGUAAAAAGAUACUCUGUAUACGUAAGCUUUUAGAUUUCAUGAUGUAUCACACUACGUUCAACAUUGAUCAAGAAUUUUGGAAAGGACAAAUCAUUAUCACGUAGCGUGACUGUCACACAAGUUCCAAAUCUGUUGAAUGUUCAGACGCUCUGACCAAGGAGUAACGCUCAACAUGUCAGCUUUAGAAGCUUUUUACGGUGACCAAUUUACACUAUUAACUCAGUGGAUAAAAUCAAAUUAUCUUGUUAUCUCUCUCCUCACCCACCAAGACAGCACCACAGUUUCUUCAGAAACUUACCUGCUUUAUUCAUUUGUCUCCACUCUUGGUUUCUCAUUAGCCAUUAAAAACUUGCUCCUUAAAUUUUGCUCCAUUUGUGUCUUCACCCUUAACACCUUAACAUCAGAAUGCAUAUUCUCCAUACUGUUCACCAUACAUUUCUUCAGGUGUUAACAAGGAGAAUUUGUUUAAUAAUCAAGAGCUGCUUUACUUAGUGAUUAUUUCCUUUAUCCCUAUCCCAUGGCCUUAACCCCUUAACUCCCAGAAUUGAUUAACAUAAAACUUCUCCCUACAAUAUCCAUACAUUAUUCAGCAAACAGGUAAUGAGAAUAUUCAAACAUAUCAGGUAGAAGCUGCUAUCUUGAUCUAGCACCAAGUUCUCAUAACUUAUUCACAGGGAAAAGUGUAGCAGCUAGAGGGGAGAAUUAACAAUCAGAUCUUAGGAGUUAAGGGUUUAAUGUGUCACUUUUAGGGUCAAAGUGUUAAAUUCAUUUCAUGAAACACAAAUCACCCCUGAAAUAAACUGUAAUUUAACAGGGAUCAAGGCAAUGGCCAUAUACUUGUAAGAAUUUUUCUGGAAUAGGUGGCUUUAUGUGGCUGCUGAUGUGAUGUGUGUAAUGCUUUUAAAUCAUAUAAGGUAAAAACACAACUGCAAUCUCAAGCUACAGACACAAUAGCAGUUGGAUUUCAGCAUAGACACACUGGCUUUCUCCAAGCAAUAUCUGGUAUUUACCAGCAGUUUGGCAUUAAAGGACUUUGGCGAGGGGUCAGUGGUGCUAUUGCCCGUGUCAUGGUUGGAUCUGCGGUUCAGUUAUCAACUUUUUCAACCACCAAGGAAAGAAUUUUGCAAACAAAUUUCUUUCCAGCAAGGAGCUGGCUUAUCCCAGCUUCUGCCAGCAUGAUAAGCAGUAUUGCAGUGGUUACAUUUAUGACACCUUUUGAUGUGGUAAGUACACGCCUUUACAACCAAGGCACCAGUGCAAGUGGUAAGGGACUGUUAUAUAAUGGAUUUGCAGACUGCUUCAUCAAAGUAUUCAAACAAGAAGGUAUUUUAGGGUUAUAUAAGGGUUUUGGACCACAUUAUUUCAGAAUUGGUCCGCACACAAUCUUGAGUUUACUCUUCUGGGAUCAACUAAGAGUAUUGUCUGCCUCAUAUGGUUUUUAAAGAAGCCAUGAUGUCUGGUGUGGAAGAUUUCAGUAUUUCAUUAGUUAUUGCUCUUUAUAAGCUAAAUUAUAUACGCAUUUUGGUUCUUACGCAUAAUCUAUUGGAGGACAGAUGCAUGGAUGAUGUCACUAUUAACAACAUUGUACUAUUUGUCAUAUGAAACAAAUAGAUUCCACAUUGCUGUGGCUCUGGAUAGUAAAAGAUAACAGAACACAUCAAAAUAUUGUCAGAGCAUCAACCAUUUUGUUUUUUCAUUCAACACAUUUUGAUUUCAUCUGUGAUAUUACUUUACAGAUACUAAAAAGCAUAAUAUAUUUGUUAAACAAUGAAAUCUUCAUUGUAGAAGACUUUGACAAUGAUUAUUGAGAUAGUAGUCAACUAUUCAAAUUAUUACUCAUAGUAAAAAGGUUUUACAUGUUCAGAAAUAUCCUUAGAGAUUCUUAAAAUGGAAGAGUCUUUAUUUCAUGUGAUAAGCUGAAUUAUACACACAUUUUGGACAGUAAAAGAUGACAGAACACAUCAAAAUGUUGUCAGAACAUCAGCCA